AUGGAUAGUCCUGCGCCGGCCUGCACAGGCUCACCCUCCUACAAUCUCAUCAACCCAUCCAACACGUGGAACGAGUGGCCUGAAAACAUAUCUGGCUUCGUCUGCAAGAGCCCGCCGAUUGGCUACUACAGCUCCACCAACUUCGCGAAAUGCUGUUCCGGCGAGGUCUACAACAUUACCGAGCCUGUGGCGCAGGAUCACCCCUUCUAUCCAAUGUCCUGCGCCGUAGUCUGCCUCGUCGACCCCGAGUUGGAUGCGUCGAACGACAAGUACCCCUACUCCUUCUCAGAGCACUUCAUGUGUCUUAAUGAUUUCCCCGAAGGUGAGGACACGUCUGGGUACCGACACGACGGGGAGGUCGUUUGCGCCACAGUUACAGCGGCCGGUGUCCCUGCUCCGACGACCUUUGCUAGCACACCUACCGGGGCGUGGCAAACGAAAGUCUACUCCGAUUAUGGGUACGGGAGAGACUUUCCGGACUGGAGUUCAUCUAUCGAAGAGCCUCAAUCUUCACCAACGUCCUCGAAAACUGGGACAACCACUCAAAUUUUGGACACAACAGCGAGUGCCCGCCUCUCGAGUACAGCGAAUGAACCGUCAACGACAGAGAGUGAGGGUGCUGCGCAGCAGCCUACUGAAGCUCCGUCACCAGGGUCUUUGACACGAGUGUCAAAGAUAAACAUGGCAAGCGUCGUUGGCUGCAUGUUCAUAUUGUCGCGAAUGGUGAUGUGA